CCCUCUGAUUGGUGGAAACCAGCAGGAAAAGAGCUCGUGUCGAGCGUGAGAUCUGUCAAGUUCGAACAAGCCGGACAACUCACCUACAGCAAACUAUCCCUGCAGACCUCCAAACAUACUGCGGCGGCUUCUCUGUGGCCGUCUUUGGGGUUGCGGCGUAAGCAGGACAAAUCCGCGGACGUUGCUGCCGCGAUUCAAGAGGAGUCACCUACCCCACAUUUCCCGGAAAUACAGCGUAGAGGGCAUCGGUGUGAGGAUGGCUGCCUACAAGCUUGUCCUGAUCCGCCAUGGGGAGAGCUGCUGGAACCAGGAGAACCGCUUCUGCGGCUGGUUCGAUGCGGACCUGAGUGAAACCGGGGAGCAGGAGGCAAAGAGGGGAGGACAGGCCCUGAAAGAUGCUGGCUAUGAAUUCGACAUUUGCUACACCUCUGUCCUCAAGAGGGCCAUCCGCACCCUGUGGUUUGUUCUGGACAGCAUCGACCAGAUGUGGCUGCCCGUCCAUCGAACCUGGCGCCUCAAUGAGCGCCACUACGGUGGCCUGACUGGGCUGAACAAGGCUGAAACUGCAGCCAAACACGGAGAGGCUCAAGUUAAGAUCUGGAGGCGGUCCUUCGACGUUCCUCCCCCACCCAUGGAUGAGGGGCAUGACUUCUAUCAGACCAUAAGCAAGGACCGGCGUUACGCCGAUCUGACGGAGGACCAGCUUCCCAGCUGUGAGAGCCUCAAGGACACCAUCGCCAGGGCUCUGCCCUUCUGGGACGAAGUGAUCGUACCACAGAUCAAAGAGGGAAAGAGGGUUUUGAUUGCUGCCCAUGGCAACAGUCUCCGAGGCAUCGUCAAGCAUCUUGAGGGUAUGUCAGAGGAGGCCAUCAUGGAGCUGAACCUGCCGACAGGUAUCCCCAUUGUGUACGAGCUGGACGAGAGCCUGAAGCCUGUAGGACCCAUGCAGUUCCUGGGAGACGAGGAGACCGUCAAGAAGGCCAUGGCAGCUGUGGCUGCUCAGGGCAAAGCCAAGAAAUAGACCCCCCCCCCCUCACGCUGGAUGAGCUAGAGUACACAACAAU